CUGAAACCAUCAUGUGGACCUUGAUGACCUGUCAAAAACGGUGGGAGGAGCUUGUGUGACGUCAGAGAGAGAGAGAGAGAGAGAGAGAGAGAGAGAGAUUUGGACGUGCAAAAGAGCAGAAGAACAGCUGAAGGAGAGAAGAGAGAGAUGGCAGUGUGAGAAAUGUGUGUGUGUGAGAGAGAGAGUGUGUGUGUAUGGAUAUAAUAUCUCCUACCUGUCUCUGUCAGUCUGCGCUCAUUUACUGCUGCGAUACACACACACACACACACACACACACACGCACACACACACACACUGCUCACGGUUGAUCUCCGGGCUGAGCUGGAAAAGAUUUUUUUUUUUUUUUUUUUUUUUUUUUUUGUGAAGAAGAAGAAGAUCUGAUCUGAGUGAGGAAGGAUCUGCUAAGCGGACACACACACACACACACACACACAUCCCAGUGUGUCUCUUCUUCUUCUCCUUCUUCUUCUUCUCCUUCUUCCCAUUCUGGAGUUUUUCUCUUCAACCCGUUAAACCGAAAACGCGACUUCUGUUUUUUUUUUAUCGCUCGAUGAACUCGAUGAAGGAUCCGCUGAGUUUAGAUCAUCAUCAUCAUCACCAUCAUCACCACCACCAUCACAUCUCAGGAGGUUCCAAACUGAUCUCAGCUCUCCACAUGGCCUCCAAACACGGAGUGGAGGGAACCACGGACACACACAGUCCCGAGGCCACAGAAAAAGAGAAAGUCCAGAGUAAAAACGAAGACUCUUCCGAUGAUCCGUCGAAGAAAAAGCGGCAGCGGCGGCAGCGGACGCACUUCACGAGCCAGCAGCUGCAGGAGCUCGAGGCCACAUUCCAGCGGAACCGUUACCCGGACAUGAGCACGCGCGAGGAGAUCGCCGUCUGGACCAACCUCACGGAGGCGCGAGUCCGGGUUUGGUUCAAGAACCGUCGCGCCAAAUGGCGGAAGCGCGAGCGCAACCAGCAGGCCGAGCUCUGCAAGAACGGCUUCGGCGCGCAGUUUAACGGCUUGGUGCAGCCCUACGACGACGUGUACCCAAGCUACACGUACAACAACUGGGCGGCGGCGGCUAAAGGGCUCGCUCCGGCCUCGCUCUCGGCCAAGAGCUUCCCGUUCUUCAACUCGAUGAACUCCAUCAGCCCGCUGUCGUCCCAGGCGAUGUUCUCCGCCGCGCCGCCGCCGCCGCCUCCGCCUCCGCCCGCGCCGAGCUCCAUCUCCUCCAUGAGCAUGAGCAUGAGCUCCGGCAUGGCCGUGCCCGCGUCCGGUCUCAACGGCCUCAACAACCUCAACAACCUCGGCAACGCGUCGCUCAACUCGCCCGCCGCGUGUCCGUACGCCCCGCCGACUCCGCCCUACGUCUACCGGGACACGUGUAACUCCAGCCUGGCGAGUCUGAGACUCAAAGCCAAGCAGCACUCGAGCUUCGGCUACGCGGGAGUCCAGAACGCCGCCACGAACCUCAGCGCGUGUCAGUACGCCGUGGACAGACCCGUGUAGAGGCGCAGGAGGAGAAGAAACAAACGCGCAAUUUCAAACAAACAAAAACAAAACAAAAGAAAGAAAAACUAAAAUUAAGAACUAAGAACAGCAAAUCCCAGGAAGAAGAAAAAAACAGCACAUGUUUUGAUUUUAUUUUCCCGUCACAGAUAAAUAAAUAAAUACAUAAAUAAAUAAAUACAUAAAUAAAUCAAAGCGCACGGAGAGUUAAGGACUGAACAUCUCGGGAAUCCAUCUCUGGACUUCAUCUUUUUUUUUUUUUUUUUAGUUUUAAUUUUUUUUUUAAUUUUAUUUUCUUCCAAAAUGAAACCUGGCACUAUACAGAAGAAAGAAUGAAAGCACCGAGGCUCGUCAUCGUCCAGAUGGAGUUUGUUUUCGACAGAAACCGGAAGAUUUCUCACAGACGGGUGUGUAGCAUUUAGACAAGAAGAAAAAAAAAACAAAAAACUAAAAACCCUCAUUAA